AUGGCGAUUCUUGGAGUUGAGCUGGCUGGCCCUGAACAGAAUCGGUUCCAGCCUCAGCCUUUGCACCUGUUCUUGAACGGGCGAGAGCAACCGCCGACAUGUUUUCUAGGAUUGGAGCUGGCAUGCGCUUUUGCGCAGUGGCUUGGCUGGAACGGGGCGGCCAGCAUCACUGGAAGCUUCCCUGCUCGGUUUGCAGACAUGCUCUACUCCGGCCACACCUACUUCACUAUCCUCUAUAUCUUGGCCCUUUGCGAGCUUGUGCGCAAAGCAAUCAGAAUGCCUGACUCCCCGAUUUAUGUGAAGAAGCCGUUCCGACAGAGACUCGGGUGGCAAUGGAAGUCAUGGAACGUAGUAGUCCUCGAGAAGUAG